GACGAAUGUGAAGAACAGUGAAUUAUUGAUAAUGGGCGAACGAAAAAGCGCGCCGAAUAUAUUCUAUUCAGUGGAGUAUCCCGGUAAAAUUCUUUCGGCAAAGCGUGUGAAGCUUUCACUUGCUGCAAGCUGUGGAGGCCCCAGUCUACGUUCUGCUCCUCUGAGUGAUCUUAAAGAGAGUGAAGGAGCCUGUGGAAAGAAUGAUCGAUCAGACUCAGUCACUGCCACUGUGAAAACUGAUGAGAAGAAACAAAACAAAAGACCAUUGAAGAGUGAACUACGAAGAUAUUCGAUCCAGUGCCUGACGGAACAUGAGAGCGCAUUCAAAGCACCCCGUCCUUCGCUAUAUGGGUAUCCGCUAAUACCAUCUGAAGAAUCAAAAGAAGUGACACCUCAAAUGAAGGCAAUUCGGAAAGAAGAACCAGUGAAACUGACACGGGAAUCUGUGGCGUUCCGAUGUGAUACGUGUCAACAGAGCAGCAUGACCAUAACUACCUACCACGGGCGUUUUGGGGUGUUUCCUGAUUCCGUUCUACACGAAUUGUUGCAAAGAUGUGAAACACACUUGCCCCGUUUGUGAUACAGAAGUUGGAGUGGUUAAAGCGAUUUAACAUUUAGCAUAACGUGAUUCACCGCCAACCCACCCGGUAUGUACAACUGCACAAACGACCGACUGGCAGAACCAUGAAAAAAACAAUUAUGGAUUACAUUUUGGAUUCCCGCCAUCUUGUGACGUCCUUCAACUCAAAUACACCCGCACCCAGUUGACUCCAUCCCUCUUGCCAAAUGAAAUCACCCGUUGUAACCUUCACGCCGUUUCUGUCCAGUAAUGUCUCAAUGCGUUCCUGAAUUACCAGUAUCUUUCCAAAUCAGCACUUUCCCUUUUAUUUUGCAGUAUGAACCUUAUCCCCAUACUCACAAUGAAGUAACCCUUCUUGUACCUAACCGACAACUGAGUGGUCAGCCUGAAUGUUGCUGCAUUUUACAUACUGUGGUAUACCCAACCAUAGGCCUACGUCGUAAAUUUUGAUGUCACAACAAAAAAAACAAAUCAACAACUGUGUUCCCGUGCACCUUCCACGUAAAUGAAGGACAUACACAUGCUUUUUUUGUUUCAACAAGGGUAGGCGUAUAUGAGUAAGGACAGUGAGUUGCGUGCAUUGACAAUGCUCCUUUGUUC